AUGACACAACUGGUCGCUGUCGCGGGUGAACCGGUCUAUCUUCCAUGCGACAUCGCCACUCAUGAUGAAGAGGAUGCGGUGCUACUGGUGCUAUGGUACAGAGAGGAUCUUGGAACCCCUAUAUAUAGUGUGGAUGCACGUGAACGUGAUUUCGGAGUCGCCGAGCGUUGGUCAGACGAAAGCGUUUUCGCGUCCAGAGCGUACUUCCUGCCGGAACGCAGGCCCGCCGAGCUGGGCGUGGACCGCGUCAGAGCGUCGGACCAAGGGAUAUACCGGUGCAGAGUCGAUUUCAAGCAAGCCCAGACGAGGAACUCUAGAGUGAAUUUGACAGUAAUCGUGCCGCCCAGUAAAAUGGUGAUAACGGACGAUAGAGGAAAUGUGAAGCAAGCCAUCGUGGGUCCUUAUAUCGAGGGUGAUACGUUCACUCUAAAGUGCGACGUGUCCGGAGGUCGGCCCAGGCCGUGGGUGAAGUGGUACCGCGACGAGUUGGAAGUGGACACGGCCGCCGCCGCUCUUCAGGGCAAUUCGGUGCGGGGCGUCAUCCACGUGGGUCCUUUGACGCGGGCGGAUGUCCGCGCCGCCCUAACAUGCAGGGCGUCCAACCACUUGAGGGCGCACCCCAUCGAGACGACCCUCACUUUGGACAUGAACUUUCCACCGCUGACCGUGCACAUACUCGGUUCAAAUCAGCCACUGUCAGCGAGUAGAAGAUACGACCUUCUAUGUCAAAGUUCCGGGUCUAGGCCACCAGCCUCCAUUACCUGGUGGAAAAACGGUCACAGGAUAAACAAUGCGAAGGAAACGCUGUCGUCUGAUGGAAACACAACAACUUCUACGGUAUCGUUGCAAUUAACUAAAGCUGAUGCUGGUACCAAAUUAGCCUGCCGCGCCUCAAACCCUCAGAUGCCUGCCGUAGCCGCCUUGGAAGACGACUGGUUAUUGGACAUACAAUAUGUGCCCGAGACAACGGUCCGAUUAGGAACUAAUUUGGACCCAAAGAAUAUAAGAGAAGGUUCAGACGUGUACUUUGAUUGUAUAAUUAAGGCCCAUCCUUACGUUUACAAAGUGGAGUGGAGGCAUAAUGGAAAAAUGCUAGUACACAACGUCGGGCACGGUAUUAUUAUUACGAAUCAGUCGCUCGUUCUGCAAGGUGUCGGAAGGAAAACCGCGGGCAAUUAUACCUGUGUGGGAUUCAACGCAGAAGGUGACGGAGAGAGCAAGCCGUUUACUUUAAACGUUUUAUAUGCACCUACCUGCCGUAGCUCUCAGCAAAGAGUCCACGGAGUGGCGAAACAGGAGCGCGCUCAUAUAACCUGUCACGUGGACGCCAAUCCAGCCGAUGUCAGCUUUCGUUGGACAUUCAACAAUACGGCGAACAGCAACGAAGUCAGCGACAGCUACGUGUCGAGGUCCGGCACCAGUUCCACCGUGACCUACACCCCUCAUACGGAGAUGGACUACGGAACUCUGCUGUGCUGGGCGCACAAUCGAAUCGGGAAGCAGCGCGUGCCUUGCGUGUACCAUAUCAUAGCGGCCGGCCGACCAGAUCAAGUUCAUAAUUGUACCGUGGUAAACGCAUCUUUGACAUCGUUCGGAGUUCGAUGUUCGGAAGGGUUUAACGGUGGUCUACCACAAUCAUUCCUGCUCGAAGUUCGUGAAAUAUUAUCUCAGGACAUUAUAGCGAACGUCUCAAGUGCGGUUCCCCGUUUCACCGCUGUCGGCUUAGAGCCGGGGAAGACAUACGCUGCUGCAGUUUUGGCAUACAACGCUAAGGGUCGCGGCGAUCCUUAUCCUCUGAGAGCGAGCACAUUAAGACCUCCGGAAAAGCAUCACGUGCAUGACAAGAGCCUUGAUCUGCCCAGAACUGCCUUUCAAAUAUCAGGAGCAAUGUCAGCGGCGGUAGGGGGCGGUGGGAUCUUGAUGAUUGUUCUGGUGCUAUUUAUGGUGGCCGUACGCCAGAGGUGCGCAAAGAGGAAGCCCAGGUCGGCACCGCCACCAUCUUCUCAGCCAGCGUCACCGGACAAAUUAAGAGAGAAGGAUGACAGUGAGAGCGAUGACAGAAAUCCCGACAUAAUCCCAUCAGAUACGGACCAGAUGCAGAUUGACUACUUCCGCCAACAGCAAGUCUCGACAAUUUCGCCACCUCCCGGAAACAAGGCGCCCCGGGGAAGCGUGGCCGGGGUGCGAGGAAGUAUACCCGGAUAUUGUCCGCUUCGUUCUAUACCACCGUCAUUACAUCCACCACCUUCGCACGAUACCUCGACUGCACCGUCGAGCAUUCCGCCGCCAGCGCGGUUCGCUAGCGGUGCGUGUACGCUGCCGCGCGGGGCGGGCGCGUGCACAAGCGGAGCGGGCAUCCCUCUGCAGCAUCUGCGCACGCUCCCUCGCCCGCUGCCCGCCCCCGCCCCGGCUCCACGCCACACCCCGCGGGACACACCGCUC